GCAGCUGACGUGAUGCGACGUGCGCCGCCUCCCUUGUGCCUUGUUAUUGAUUGGAUAUCCCUCCGCCUUCCGACGCAGUUGUCAAAGAAAAAAAAAACUAAGCUAGUUUGUAAACACUGUCGACGGAAGAUAUUCUAGGAGAUAUUUAAUCUCCCAGUCCGUGAAAAUGAAGUUUAUGUACAAAGAAGAACAUCCAUUUGAGAAGCGACGGUCCGAGGGGGAGAAAAUCAGAAAGAAGUACCCGGACAGAGUGCCUGUGAUCGUAGAGAAAGCUCCCAAAGCCAGAAUAGGAGAUCUGGACAAGAAGAAAUAUCUUGUCCCGUCUGACCUGACAGUGGGGCAGUUCUACUUCCUCAUUCGGAAAAGGAUCCACUUGAGGGCCGAAGAUGCCCUCUUCUUCUUUGUCAACAACGUCAUUCCUCCCACAUCAGCCACUAUGGGGCUUCUUUACCAGGAGCACCAUGAAGAAGACUUUUUUCUUUACAUUGCCUACAGUGAUGAAAGCGUCUAUGGGGACUUUAGAGAGAUAUGUAACUAAUUUACUUGCCCAACACUACCCUUCCUUAAAAUAAAACAAUCAGUAUGUUAGGCCACAUGAAGUGUACAUGUUGAAUGCACUUUCAUAUCCUCCAAAUCUGUUUAUAAAUGAUUUUUGUUUGUUCUCUAUGCUGCCUGCAUAUUGUUCCUUCCUCUUUAAGAGUUCCUCUUUGCUCCUAGACAGACCAGAUACAACAUUUGUCCUGGUCUUUUUCAGUGAAUUACUGGUAAUCAUAUCCUUAAAAGCUUGUUCUUCACUUCUCCUUAGCCUUUUUUCCCUUUCCCUCAGUACCAACAUGCAUUCUGUAGUCACUUUGCUAUUCAAUCAAUCUUUAAUUUUUGGUUUGGUUUAUUUUUUUAGCCACCAUUUUUGCACAGACCAAAAUCACUGAUAGUACUGGAUUAUCAUACCAUGUAAUGUGUGUGAAUGUGUUUGUGUACCAUUGCCAAUAAUUAUUAUUUUAAAAUCAGUUGGAAUUGCUGUUUAUUUGAAUAAACUUGUUAAAAUACUUUUUUUUUUUCAGUUGUAGGAGAUUGCGUUUUUGUUUCAAUUGUAUUAUAAUCAUUAUUAUUAGGUUGGAGUUCAUGAAUUGAGUGUUUUUUUGGCUUGUUUGUAUUAUGGAUUAUGGAUUUGUUGUGUUUUCUUUUAUUUUGUUUGGUGUGUAAUUGUCAUGGUCACCAAUCUAAGCUUGCCACCAUUAUAAACCUGAUGUAAAAAGA